AUGCUUACUCUCUCCGCGACUGCCCUGCGAACCCUGCGAUCCGCCGCUCGCGCGCCACUCCUGACCCGCGCAUACCGCCCAACUACCUCCCUACUCAAGCCCACCUCACACCCGGACGGCGGCGCCGCCUCUCCCACGCCCGACCACUCCGCAACGAACAAGCAACACCCGAACACGACCGGCACGACCAAGGGCAACACGACGUCUCCUACUGCGUCUGCAUCACAGUACAAUUCGCCCAAGUCGGAGAGCCAGGACUUGAAGGAGGCGGAGGAAGCGGCGGCGGGACCGGAGGCGGCGGACGCUCAGUAUGGAGGCGGGAACAUCGUCGAAGGGAACUACACGAAGGACUCGACCAAGGCGAAGGAACGGCGAGAGGCGGGCAAGCAGGGCGAGCACUAG